AUGAGUAAUUUAUUAUGUCCUUAACAUAAUUUACCUAUCAUACAAAUUGAUAUUGAUAUCAAUACUCUAAUCGGAGAUAGAACUGUUUGUUUAGAAUGUCCAUCUAAAACACGUGAAAAUAUUAAUAGAGUCUUGAAUAUAUAUGAAAAAAUAAAUAAACCACAUCUUGAUUAAAUUAAUUCAAUCAAAAAGGGCUUAUUUAACUCUACAAAAUAAUUUUAAAAAAGAAUCUCUUAAAUUCAAGAAAUAUUGAAUAUGUAAAUCAAUUAAUUGCAAUCUUCAAUAGAAAAAGAGAAUUAAAAUAUUAUAUUUGAUUUAUCAGAAUAUGAAAAAGAUUUCUAAGUAAACAUAGAAUUAUUAACUUUAACCAAAUUAUAAUAAAUUGCUCAAAAAGUGGUUUCUCAUUAAAGUAAUUUAGUUGAAUCUUCAUCAUUUUCAUUGUAAUAUUAAAACAUAUUUAAAUCUAUUGAACUAGUUAAAUAAAAAUUUUAAAAAUUAAUAGAUGAAAUCUAGUUAAAUCUAUAAAAACAACUUAAUUCAUUAACUAUUUAUUUUGGAACAUUUAUGAAAGAUAUUCAGAUUGAAUAAAUUAAAAAUGAACUUUUAUCUUAAUGUUAAAUUAAAUCAGAAUAUUAAGUAGUAUUUUAAUUAGAUAAAAAUUAUGAAACAUGUGCUUUGAAUGAUAAAUUAGUAUUCUUAUCAUAAAAAAAUGAUAAUAGAAUAGAAUCAUAUUAACUUUAAGUUUAAAAUGAAUUUUAAAAUAUUAAUGUUUCAUUUAAUGAUAUAAUUAGUUUAUGUUUAAAUGAAUAAUAGCUUAUAAUAAGAAGUUCAGAGAAUGAAAUAUCUAUACGUUAAAUUGAUAAUUUAAUAGUUUAAAAAUAAAUGAUUACAGGUAGUAAUAAAGAAAAAGGAUAUAAUUCAUGUAUGGUGGUAAGUGAAAAUAAUGAGUUCUUUAUUUUUGCAUAACCAAUGCCAAAAAUCAUGAUUUUUAUUAAAAAAGAUAAUAAAAAUUAAAUAUGGAGUGAAUACUUUACUAUAGAAGGUUUUGGUUGGCCUGUUUAAGAUUUGAGUUGUCAUUCUGAAACAUUGAAUAUUGUUAUUUGUACUCAUAAUAAAGAUAUAUUUAUUUGGAAGAAAGAAAUAACAAAAAAUAAUUUAAUAAGAUGGAUAUAAUACGGUGAUCCUAUUAGAAAAGCUCAUAAUGAAAGAAUUUAUAGUGUAAGUUGGAUUAAAUCAGAUUAAUUUUUAAGUGGAGGAUUAUAAAUAUUAAAUUGGAAAUAAAACUAAAAUGGAGAAUUUACAGUUAUAUAAAAAAUAGAAAAAUUUCAUAUUAUUGAUAAAUUUUGUUUUUUAAGAAUACCUAAGAUAUUAAUAAUUUAAGAAUCAGGAAAUUGUUUAGAAAUCUGCUAAAUAGAUGAAAAGAAUUAAAUUAAUAAAUUAUAUUGCAUUAAGGGAAAUUAAAAAAUACUUUCAAUAUCAUAAAUUUCAAGUUCAAUUGCAAUAAAUAAUUUAGAGGAUAACAAAUUUUAGAUAAUUAAAUUCUCAUUUUGA